AUGCCGUAUCGAAUCGAAUACUCGGCCAACAACCGAGCUGCUUGCAAGGGCGCAAAGCCAUGCAAGGGCACCAAGAUCAAGAAGGGUGAAAUGCGUCUGGGCACUCUGGUCGAGAUUCAGGGCAACCAGAGCUUCGCGUACCGACACUAUGGCUGCAUCACGAGCCAGGUGAUCCGAAACAUCAAGGAGAAGGAUGGCAUCACCGACCCCGUCGACCUCGAUGGCUUCGAAGAACUCAUUCCCGCCGACCAGGCCAAACUCAGACGCGCCUUUGCCGAGGGACACGUCGCCGAAGAAGACAUUCCUGACUCUGCACGCGUCAAGGACGACCCGGAAAGCGUCGAGGAUGCCGACCAGAAAGAGGCCGCAGAGGCCGUGCUGCCGCCAUCCUCCGCAUCUGCCGAGUCCCCCACCAAGAAGAAGAGAGGUCGCCCAUCGAAAGCAUCCCUCGAGGCCGCUGCCACCACUGCUGCGCCAUCGACCAGCUCCCAGCCCGCGCCCGCAUCAAGUGCACCAAACGGCGUGAGCGCAGCUCCUGCUUCCCAACCCGCACAAGAAAAGAAGAAGCGCGGUCGUCCUCGCAAAGAAGCGGCUGAACCAGCUUCAGACGCAGCGCCCGCCCCCACUCCAGUCGCCCUCACUUCUACUCCUGCCGCUGCGCCAGCCUCGCCAAAGAAGCGUGGUCGCCCUCCGAAGAACGCAGAAACAGCAGCAGCAGCAGCUCCUGCUCCCGCUCCCGCGGCUCCAGCCGCUGCUCAGCCUGCCGCGGAUGCGGGUCCACAGCCAAAGAAACGAGGACGUCCCCCGAAAGCCCAGACGGCUGCUGCUGCGGCGAGUCAGCCUGUCCAGCCAGUCGCACCCGCACCUGCUGCCGCUAGUCCGGCUUCGCCCAAGAAGCGAGGACGACCGCCCAAAUCGGCCACUGCUGCUGCAGCAGCGGCUCCUGUCGCGCCUGCUUCUGCUCCAGCGCCGGUGGCUGCGGCCCCGGCUGCUGCUGAUGGAGGUCCUCCUGCCAAGAAGAGAGGUCGUCCGUCGAAAGCCUCUCUGGUUGCUGCAGCCGAAGCCGCGCCCGCAACGUCUCAAAUUGCGCAGCUCCCUUCGAGCCAGAACGGCUACCAGCACAAUCUGCCUCUGGCUUCGUCUCAGCCUUCCGCGACUGCCCAGGCCGAAGCUCCUCCUAGCCCGAAGAAACGUGGUCGGCCCAAGAAGGACGCAUCUGCCGCACAAGCCACCCAAAGCGCUGCAGCUCCCAACCAGCCAGCGCAGCCUGCCACGGCAGCACCAUCGACACCUACUGCGCCGGGAGCUGCACCAGCCAAAAAGCGGGGUCGCCCGAAGAAAGACGCCAAUACUGCCGACGAUGCCAGCCUGAGCCGAGUGGUGACUCCUCCGCUGCCAAGCACGCCUCUGCCUUUGCCGCCUGCGACGCAAGCUGCGCCUGCUCAGCCCGGCUCGGGCAAGAAGCGGGGGCGUCCUCCCAAGGAAAAGGUCGAGGGCACCGAGCCUGCCAAGCGUCCGCGUGGACGACCGAAGAAGACGGACGUGGCUGCUGCUGCCCCUCCCGCUGCUGCACCCGCUGCGCCCGUCGCACAGGCAGCUCCCGCCGCCCCUUCGCCGGCCAAGAAGCCGCGCGGCAGGCCGAAGAAGAACCCUUGA